CGUUUGGAUCCCCUCCUCUCUUUACCUUGACGACCUCGCCGGUGAUCUGUUAUUGAUUCCGGCACCCCAUUUAUUUCCCGAUAUCGAACUUUUCGUUACAUGAUCCAUUUCCUUAGCUCUCCACUAUUAUUUUGCUGGCGAGGCGUGCAUAACGGGAGUAUGUUAACUUCUCGACAUUUCAAUUAAAUUGGAUUAUCCAUAUUCUCAAGUACUUCCCAAAGGAAGAUAUAAUCUCAAUCCAACUUUUACAUUGUCAUAGCCGGGAGUCAUGAACCUUAACGCUGUCAUCAACCCCUAAGGCAGGCUCGUUGUGAGAUCAUGGAAUCACCUGCUGGUGGAUUGAGGGCUACAUCUGUUGUUGUUCUUACACUUGAUUCCAGUGAGGUAUAUAUAGUUGUUAGCUUGUCUUCUAGGAAUGACACUCAGGUCAUUUUUGUUGAUCCGACAACCGGAUCUCUUAGACAUGACUGGAAGCUGGGUUAUGAUGUUUUCAACUCCCAAGAUGAGGCAUUAAACUACGUCACAAAUGGUUCAAGGUCAAAUUGUAAGAGUAUAACUUAUGCCAGGGCCAUAUUAGGUUAUGCAGUGCUCGGUAGCUUUGCCUUGCUGCUUGUUGCAACAAAGUUGACUGCUAGCAUUCCGAAUUUGCCUGGUGACGGGUGUGUGUACACAGUUAGUGAGAGCCAAUGGAUCAAAGUCUUACUUCAAAAUCCUCAACCCCAGGGGAAAGGAGAAGUAAAGAAUAUCCAAGAACUGGCUGAACUUGAUAUAGAUGGAAAACACUACUUCUGUGAAACAAGGGAUAUAACUCGGCCCUUUCCAAGUCACACUACUGUUAGAAACCCUGAUGAGGAAUUUGUUUGGAAUGGAUGGUUCUCGAAUCCCUUCAGAAGAAUUGGUCUGGAGCAUCAUUGUGUCAUCUUACUGCAGGGUUUCGCAGAAUCUCGAAAUUUUGGAAGCUUAGGUCAGCAAGAAGGAAUUGUUGCUCUCAUAGCUCGUCGAAGCAGGCUUCAUCCUGGCACUCGAUACUUAGCAAGGGGCAUAAAUUCGUGUUAUAGCACAGGCAAUGAAGUUGAGUGUGAGCAACUUGUAUGGGUUCCAAAGAGGGCUGGGCAGAGCGUGCCUUUCAACACCUAUAUAUGGAGACGAGGCACUAUUCCCAUCUGGUGGGGUGCAGAACUAAAGAUCACUGCUGCGGAAGCAGAAAUAUAUGUUUCAGAUCAUGAUCCAUAUAAAGGAAGUGCACGGUAUUAUCAGAGAUUAACUAAUAGAUACGAUAAAAGAAAUUUAGAUAUAGUUGGUACAAACCAAAAGAGAAUCCCUUUGGUUCCAAUUGUGUGCAUUAACUUGCUACGGAAUGGAGAAGGAAAAUCAGAAUCCAUUCUAGUUCAGCAUUUUGAGGAAUCUAUGAACCACGUCCGAUCAACUGGAGAACUUCCUAAUACUAGAGUUCAUUUAAUAAAUUAUGAUUGGCAUGCAAGUAUCAAAUUAAAGGGUGAACAGCGGACCAUAGAAGGACUGUGGUACCUUCUAAAAGCACCGACAAUAUCCAUAGGGAUUUCUGAAGGAGAUUAUCUUCCCUCUCGUCAGAGAAUGAAGGAUUGCCAAGGUGAAGUAAUUUACAAUGAUGACCUUGUUGGUGCCUUCUGCAUACGGUUACAUCAAAAUGGAGUCAUACGUUUUAACUGCGCGGAUUCUUUGGAUCGAACAAAUGCUGCUAGUUAUUUUGGUGCCCUUCAAGUUUUCACAGAGCAGUGCAGACGGCUUGGAAUAUCUCUUGAUAGUGACUUGGCUAUUGGCUAUCAGUCAGCUAAUAACUAUGGUGGAUAUACUGCUCCCUUACCACCAGGAUGGGAAAAACGAUCUGAUGCUGUAACUGGAAAAUCAUAUUAUAUUGAUCACAAUACUAGGACCACGACCUGGAAUCAUCCAUGUCCAGAUAAACCUUGGAAGCGUUUUGACAUGACAUUUGAGGAGUUCAAAAGGUCUACAAUUUUGUCACCCGUAUGUCAAUUGGCUGACCUUUUUCUGAUCGCUGGUGAUAUUCAUGCAACACUGUACACCGGAUCUAAAGCAAUGCAUAGUCAAAUUCUUAGCAUAUUUAGCGAGGAAGCAGGGAAGUUCAAACAGUUCUCUGUGGCACAGAAUAUGAAAAUAACUUUGCAGAGAAGAUAUAAAAAUGCAGUUGUGGAUAGCUCCCGUCAGAAGCAGUUAGAGAUGUUCCUUGGACUACGGCUUUUCAAGCAUCUUCCAUCACUACCGGUCCAACCUUUACAUGUGCCUAGUCGACCAUUUGGUUGCCUUCUUAAGCCAGUUGCCAGCAUUUUGCCGAGUUCUGAUGAUGGAGGCAGUCUUCUUAGCUUUAAGCAAAAAGACCUCAUCUGGGUUUGCCCACAGGCCGCAGAUGUAAUGGAACUGUUUAUACACCUUGGCGAGCCUUGUCAUGUUUGUCAGCUUCUUCUCACAAUUUCACAUGGUGCAGAUAGUUCAACAUUUCCAUCAAGAGUUGAUGUGAGAACUGGACGCGAUCUAGAUGGGCUUAAACUUGUCGUGGAGGGAGCAUCUAUUCCUCAAUGUGCUAAUGGGACAAGCAUUGCGAUACCCAUACCAGGACCUACUAGUUCUGAGGAUAUGGCCGUGACAGGAGCUGGUGCACGCCUACAUGUCCAAGAUACAAUCAGCCUUCCAUUUCUGUAUGAUUUUGAAGAACUGGAAGGCGAAUUGGACUUUCUUACUCGUGUGGUUGUACUCACAUUCUAUCCUGCUGUGUCAGCCAGAACCCCAAUCACACUCGGUGAGGUUGAGAUACUUGGAAUUUCUCUUCCAUGGAGAGACCUUUUUGCUUCCGAUGGCCCUGGCAUGAGGUUAUGGGAACAUAUCAAUAAAGUUAAAAAAGAUACCAACCCUUUGCCAUCUGAUGUGAACAGCAAUCCCUUUGCUGUAUCCCUUACCAAUGAUGUAUUACCACCUGCAAAAUCUGAAAAAUCCACCAGCACCUGGGUAGACCUCUUAUCAGGCGAUGACAUUAUAUCAGGAUCCAUUUCACAACCAGUGCCAGAAGCUGCUUUACAUGAUCCAUUUCUCAACCCAUUUCAUGAUCAUGAUGAAGCAAAUGACUCUCCUAAGGUUUCUGUGCAAGAUAAAGUGCCAACUGAAUGUGGUCCUCAGCAGUAUAUAAGUUGUUAUAAGAUGUUGACUGCCUCACAUGUGGCUAACAAACUAGGCUUUGCGGAAGCCAUGAAACUAGAAAUUGAACGUCUUCGCCUAAAUCUAUCUGCUGCUGAACGAGAUAGAGCUUUACUGUCUAUUGGCAUUGAUCCAGCUACCAUAAAUCCCAAUGCAUUGCUUGAAGAAUCUUACAUUGGUUCAUUAUGCAGGGCUGCAAAUGCCCUUGCACUUCUUGGUCAUAUUUCCUUAGAAGAUAAAACUUCUGGUGCCAUUGGUCUUGGUUCUAUUGAUGAUAAUAUCAACAUUGAUUUCUGGAAUAUUAAUAAAAUAGGCGAGGGUUGUUGUGGGGGCUCAUGUCAGGUUCGCGCCGAACCUUUAACAUCAACGUCUUCGUCGCUAUCCAUGUUUUCAUGCUCUGAGUGUCGACGCAAGGUCUGCAGAGUUUGUUGCGCCGGUAGAGGAGCUCUUCUUCUUGGAAGUUAUUCUUCAAGGGAGCUCCCAAGUUAUAAUGGUGGAUCAAGCUAUACCGACUCUUUAAAUCGUUCUGUGACAACCGAUGGGAUUAUUUGUAAGUUGUGCUGUCAUGAUACUGUUCUUGAUGCACUGAUCCUGGAUUAUGUUAGGGUUUUGGUCAGCCAGCGAAGAAGUACUAGAUCUGACCUUGCUGCUUACAAAGCUUUGGAUCAAGCAGUAGGAAGGGAUUAUCUUCCUGGAAGAACGAUGAAAUCUGCCAGACAUGGAACUAAGGUCGUCCGACAUUUACUCAAAGGAGAAGAAUCAUUAGCCGAAUUCCCGUUUGGCAGCAUUUUGCACUCGAUUGAAUCAGCGCCAGGUUCAGCACCGCUCUUGUCAUUGCUUGCACCUUUGGAUACUGUAUCGCAAGAGUCGUACUGGAAAGCUCCUCCUAAUACCUCUUCUGCUGAGUUUGUUAUUGUUCUUGGCAAUCUCUCCAACGUCUCGGGCGUUGUUCUUGUUCUUAGUCCCUGUGGCUAUUCUAUGUCUGAUUCCCCUACUGUGCAAAUAUGGGCAAGCAAUAAAUUACAGAAGGAAGAAAGAACAAUUAUGGGAAAUUGGGACGUUCGAUCACUCAUUACAUCUUCCCCUGAGCUUUAUGGGCCUGAAAAACCUGGUGAUGAUGUCCUAAUUCCGAGGCACAUCAACUUUUCUUUUCGAAAUUCUGUCUGUUGUCGCAUGAUCUGGAUUAAACUAAGUAUCCAGAAAGCUGGCUCAAGCUCUGUAAAUUUGGAGAAGGAUUUCGAUCUUCUAUCCUUGGAUGAAAACCCUUUCUCCGACUUAAAUAGGCGUUCAUCUUUAGGAGGACCACUAGAAAGUGAUCCAUGUCUGCAUGCAAAAAGAAUUAUUGUAGUUGGAAAUCCAGUGAAAAUAGACGCGGGACUUUCAAUAUCACAAAGUUCUGACCAGAUUAGCGUAAGAAACUGGUUGGAGAAAGCUCCACCACUGAACAGAUUCAAGGUCCCGGUUGAGGCUGAGAGGUUGAUUGACAAUGACCUGGUGUUGGAACAAUAUUUGUCUCCAGCUACACCAACGCUGGAAGGAUUCCGCCUUGAUGGAUUCAGUGCAAUAAAACCUCGAGUUACCCAUUCACCUUCAUCUGAUGUAAACAUAUGGGACUCAUCAUCAGUUGUUUGGGAAGAUAGAUUCAUAUCUGCAGCUGUACUAUACCUUCAAGUAUCUGUUUUACAGGACAAUCGCAACAUGGUGGUGGUUGCAGAAUACCGGUUACCGGAGGUGAAGGCUGGGACCCCGAUGUACUUUGAUUUUCCAAGACCUGUGACCACCCGCCGAGUCUCUUUUAGACUAGUUGGAGAUAUUGCGGCAUUUGCAGAUGAUCCGGCAGAUCAGGAUGAUUCAGAUAUUAGAGGUCGGCCACUGGCAACAGGGCUGUCUUUAUCAAACCGAAUUAAGCUAUAUUAUUAUGCGGACCCGUAUGAGCUUGGAAAAUGGGCCAGCCUUUCUGCUGUUUAAAUCAUAAGUAUGUAUUGAGAUGAGAAGUGAGGAGGUUGUAGAUUGAAAAAUCGCAAUUCAUUGUUGUAAUGAUGUGUAGAAUGAGGAUUUUGUUUUUUGUUUCUUGUUUCUACCUUCUACCCCUUGUGGGUUGUAUCCUUGUGGUGUUUGCGUCAUAUACUAUUACUAAUACAUAUACAUGGUAACUGGUCCUUUUUUUCUUGAA